CCCUUUCACAUUCUCUCCUUCAUUUUCUCUCUAUCUCUUGCUCUCUUUCCUCCUCUUCUCUCUCUUUCCUCUCUCUUUCUCCUUUCUCUCUCUCUCUCUCUCUCUCUUUAUGGCUGUGUGUAGUGAUUGAUGCUGGAUAAAGCCUGCCCAGAAAGCAUAAGGACCUAGAGAGAGAGGCAGUGUGUGGGAGAGAUGCACAGGUUGUACUAGAGAACCUCAAGCAGAGCCAAGGAGAGAUACUACAAGAGACAGACACCCAGGUGACAGGCUGCAGCAGAUACAGACUGAGGGAGACACUGGGACCACCCCAGAGAGUCAGAGAGACAUACAGGAGACAGCUAAGGACUUCCAUACAGACAGCAUGCCGGAGAGACUGCAACCACUGUGGAUGUGACAGCUCCCAUCUCCCAGCUGUUUCCUCCCCCUCAUCCAAUCCUCACUCCUUCUGUUUGUGAGUCUCAUCCCUCCUCCCCCGCCCUGGGCUGCUGGUCCCUGAGCAUCCCUGAGAGAGGGAGAGAGAAAGAGAGAGAGGGGAGGAGGAGAGAGAGAGAGAGAGAGAGAGAGAGAGCGAGACAGGAGAGAGGGCUGUGUCUGCUCGUCACGUCCGGAGAUAUCCCAGUAUGAUCCUCCGGCUCCCAGAUCCGAGACCCCAGUGACGGGGAACCUUUUCCAUACAUCCCCCCCUCUCUCCUCUUCCCUCUUUUUUCCUUCUCUUCCCCUUCUCUAUCCCUUCUCCUUUCCUCUUCCCCCUUCCUCUGUCCUCUGCUCCUUCCUCUUACCCCUUUACCUUCUCCGAGCCCUGACCCCUCUCCAGCUAUCCCCUGGCAGUCCUUGUCUGUGGCCCCCAAUAUCCCCGUCUUUAUCCCACUCACUCCUCCAGCAUGGGCUGCAUUGGAUCUCACAGCGCAGGCAGCGACGGGGCCGCACUGGACUGGAAAGGUUUCAAAGAUGCCGACCAAGGAACCAUGGAGAACAGCUCGGUGCAUGGAAGCAGCACCCACAGACCGUCUAACGAGACCCGCACAGACUUCUCCUGGGACGGAAUUAAUCUAUCGAUGGAAGACACAACCUCGAUCCUUCCUCGAUUGAAGAGACAUUCCAAUGCCUAUGGAAUUGGUGCUCUCGCCAAAUCCUCUGUCAAAGGUGUCUCUCGAUCGAUGAAGGAUAAGGUGACCAAACCAACAGCUCUUGGUUCAGGCCGUGUGGCUCACAUGAUAGAAUGGCAGAGCUGGGGUCAGCCGCCGCCUCCGAGCAGUGAGAGCACUCGAAUGGACAGCGAUGCUUACUCCGACCUAAGUGAUGGAGAGAAGGAGGCAAGGUUCUUGGCUGGUGUAAUGCAACAGUUUGCGAUCUCUGAGGCAACACUAAUGGCCUGGUCUUCAAUGGAUGGGGAAGAAGAAAGCGUCAACUCUAAUCAAGAGAGACAGAGUGAAACCUACCAGGAGCUGCUAGAGAACCAGGAUAACCUUGCACAGACACAUUCUGACUGCUGGCCCCAUUCAUAUGUGUCACAAGGACUCUACUGUCUGGGCUCCUCCGAAGCAUGGGCCAGCAGUGAGCAGUCGCUGACAGUGUCCCCGGCUCCGGUAGGAGUUGUUCCCCAGAACACUGGAUCUGAGUUUGAAGAGAGACAACUUGAGAACAUCUGUGAAAUUGCCCCUCAAAUACUGCACUCCAAAAUAUCCCCUUCAGAAGAAGAUGACGCAGUCUACCACGACCUGCAGUCCCUCUCUCCGCCUCGCGAGGAUGGUGAGAGCCCCCCGCACAGCCGGAAGGUGUCAGAUGUUGCCACAUCUGGGGUUCAAUCUGGAGAGGAGGAGGAGGAACGAGAAGUGGAAAACUGAGUUACCGAAGGGGCACUUAGAGAAAUGGGUACCAAGAAGAGGAUGGCCGUGUUCGGUGUAAGAUGCGAUCCAGGGGGUCAUUUAUCAAAGUUUCCUCCAGGACCAUUGGUAGCUGGGUGGGAAACGCAAUUUGUCUUUAAAACAAAUUAUUUUGGUUGCUGUAAAUCCCUCUGUGCUCCGUAAAAGUAGUUACACCGAGGGGUGCGCCCACCCUGUACAUAGUGUCCGCUGUGUAACAGAUGUAAGCGCCUCGCCCUUAUAUAGGGAGGAACUAAGUGCGCUGCUGCCACAAGACCCUCACGCAGGGUAGGCCGGCCUAAUGCUGCCAUCCUUCCUACACCCAACACACCAAAAAAAACUUUUUGGAACUUUUUGUUUCUUCUGUUAAACCCUUAAUCCAGCACUAAAUUCAGAUGAACAGCUCCCGCCGGGUGAUCUCAUCCAGAGCCCUGUCCUGCUCAGUGGCGUAGACAGUCUGACUUCUUUCUUGUGGGUCAGUGGCGCACAACGUAAACCCAGCGUAUUCCCGUAUUCUCAUUCCAUAGAGUGCUGACGGCAGACUGAAGGACAGUGAAACGAAAGCACCACAUUUAACAAAAGAAAAACUCCAAUUGCUUUCAAAGGGAUUCCUUUUCUCUGGUGGUGCCUUUGUCUUGCUGGCGUUCUGUGCUGGAUCCAGUGGUGAGAUCCAGUGGGUUCUGCCCGUCACAGCGGUUCAGGGAAUAGGAUUAAAACUAGUAAACACUGGAUUCCCACAAAAAAUAAAACCCACGGGGACUUUCUUGCCUCCUUUUUACAGCAAAAUUAUUUGAUAGAUGACCCCUAAAAUGCGAGAGUACAAAUCGGUGGGCACGAAGGAGACAAACAGAUGUACGGCAAGAGACACACGGGCUGUGUGUGCGUCCCCGGAGCCUCCACACAGAUGUCUUCCCUUUUGUCGGAGCGUUGGGGACCACCUUCCACCCCUCUGAUCCCGUCUAUAACAGAUCCAAGACACAAGCUCCAACCAUGCCCUCUCCCAGGGUGUUCCCAACUUGACAAGAGACAUGCGCUGGUGUGGAAAGAAUAGACUGCUCUGCUUGGGGAGGUCUCGCAUGCCUUAAAGUGACCUCCCUAAAACCUCCUAAAUCAUUGCCAAAACCCCAGAAACUGUUAUCUGCGUUCCUGCCAAAGACCCCAGAGCAUUGCAUCAUUAACCCUCUCCCCUACAAAGGUCUAAAGGGCAUUCUCUUCACCCUCUGGACACCUUUUCCCAUGGGCCCCCUCCCAAAAAUUGUAUAUUCACACAGGGCAUUUACUGCAUUCAUGUUUCAUAUAUGGAAAUAUUCCUUUGCAGAAAUGCUCCAGAUUAACCCCUUCCCUGCCUGUGUCAGCAGACCAUUGCGCUACAAACAAGGUAUGUUAAAAAUAAAUAAAAAAAAGCUAAUUAAUGCAUUCCUUCCUUCUAGUACCGCAGACCUGCAGAGCAUCGCAGCACUAAUGAUUAUUCCCGCAGAGCAUGCGGCCAAUAGCACCGCUUAUUUGCUGCGCCAGCAGACGCACAUAGGGACUUAUUUGCCCCGGAAUUUCUAAGAGCUGCAUAAUAACCCCUGUAACCGGCAGAGCUUUUCAGGCUGUUGCACAAACUUGCAGUCACAGGUCCUUAUCAGACUCAUGACCUGUGAUGUCAGUAUCGUUCAGUUGUUGUCUCAUUGCGCAAAGCAGUCGGCUGUUCCUUCCCAUAGCAGUGUGCUCUGCAAAAGGCUUUACAUUCUGGGCCCAGUGCUGUGCAAAGCGCCUCCUAUGUUCAAGCGUUCUGAAAAUGACUUCAAUGUCUCCAAAAUCUUUCAUCUCUGAUAUGUGCACCCAAUAUUUUAAUUUCUGUACACAACAUGAGACAGCGUUUUCCUGGGAGAGCGUUACAGAGACUUAGGGGGUCAUUCCGAGUUGAUCGCUCACUAGCAGUUUUUAGCAGCCGUGCAAACGCAUUGUCACCGCCCACCGGGGAGUGUAUUUUAGCUUUGCAGAAGUGCGAACGCUUGUGCAGCAGAGCGCCUGAAAAAUGGUUUUGUGCAAAACAAGACCAGCCCUGUAGUUACUCCUUGUGUGCGUUGAUUCUAAGGACGGAGGGACGGCUUUUGACGUCACACACCCGCCCAAUCGAACGACCCAGCCACGCCUGCGUUAUUUCUGCCAUGCCUGCGUUUUUCUAAGCACUCCCUGAAAACGGUCAGUUGACACCCAGAAACGCCCACUUUCUGUCAAUCUCCUUGCGGCCGGCUGUGCGAUUGGAAUCGUCGCUAGAACCAGUGCAAAACCACAAUGGACUUUGUACCCGUACGAUGCGCGUGCGCAUUGCGGAGCAUGCGCGUGCGCAUUGCGGAGCAUACGCAUGCGCAGAUUAGCCGUUUUUUUCACUGAUCGCUACGCAGCGAACAACGGCAGCUAGCGAUCAACUCGGAAUGACCCCCUUAAUGAUUGUUUUAAUGCAGAUUUUCAAUAAUGUCGUUCCUGCUGUAAAUCGGGGACUUGCAUAGGGCUUCCGCUCAUUUUUAAAAGCACCUUAAUUCCAUUUGUAAAACUUUCUCGUAUGUUUUAUCUGUAUCAUUUUUAUAGAAAUAAGUUCAUUUAACCAUUUGUACGGAAAGGCUUACUGUGUACUGUACACGGGAAGACAGGUCUGCUGCUACAGCAGGUGACCGUCCAUCUGACUUACCAAAUUUGUUGUCACCUGCCCUGACCUUCCCUGCAUGAAAGCUCCGGCCUCCACCUUCACCUGCAUCCGCCCCAGCUAGGAUUACGGCUGCAGCUAGGGUUACUUGUCAGCCGCUAGUUAGGGAGUAGCAUGUUGGAAGGGUGUGGGGGGUAGGACUGACCAGUGGGGAUCACUAGCUGCUGACUGCCUGUAAAUAUAAAUAUGCAAUGAGAAUAGGAAACAAACUGGUUUUCUGUCAUUCACGUUCCCGCACACGAGACAAAUGAGAAAGAAGCAUAAUAAGGUUAAAGUCCUUUAAAGCUAAGACAGUGCUAGUAGUCCCAACCCAGACCGCCGGUCACAUAACUGCAUCCCCCCCAAUCUACUAUUGCCUAAACUUGCUUUCAUUUGGCUACCGAGUGCAGGCAAACACUGGUCCAUGAGCCCUAGUCUCUCUCCAUGCAACUGGGGUAUAUAAAUAUUGAAAUUCUCUACAUUUUAGAAAAUAACUUUUUUUAACAAUUCAAUAUUUUACUUGCAAAAUUAUAAACUUAGACAUAUAACCAGCGGUUGGCUGGUGGGGGGUGUGGGGGGGUGCACAGUGCACCGGUAGGCUCAUAUAAAUAUUUAUACUGUAAAUACGCAAUCAUCUCCCUAUUUACUUAUAGCGCUCAUCUGCCAUGUUUCCCUUAUUGCAUGUCAGUUUGGUCACACGCUAUAAUGACCGGUAUUCAGCAUAAGACAGAUAUUAAUGGUCAGCUCCAGUGCAUUAAUCACUUAUUACAGAGGCUGCACCAAGUCAUACAACCAUUGUGCUGCCGGGGCAGAUUGUAAGCCCACAUGCACACACUGCAGCGUCAGACACCUUCCACGCACACACCGCAGACGCACACAACACAAUAUUUGGGGGGAAAUUGUAAUCAGGUAGGAUGAUUGUUCUGUCUCUAAAAUGUCCCCUUUUAUGUUGGCUUAUGAUGAUAGUCUGAUAUUCAGGCUCCGGUUCCUUUGCUGUCUGGUUUCUGCGCCCUGUGCCCGGAGGUGACACGUCUGGCUGGUUGUGUUCUGUCUCUGCCUUCUGCUGUGGGGAAGAGGCCUCAGUAGCCUGGAAAUGACAGGAUGGGAAUGUCUCAUUGUAUCAGUUGUGCUGUACUGUAAUGCCUGUGGGGGGGCGGGGGGGGGGCAGCGCACACGGGGGCAGCGCAUCAGAGGCGGCGGUCCUCUCAGUGAUCUUACUGGCAUCAGAUCAGCCAUAUAAUACUGGUCCUGUAUCAUAGUCUUAUACAAUGCUUUUCCUGUGUUAUAUCAGUGAUAUAUAAUACCGGUCCUGUAUCAUAGUCUUAUACAAUGCUCGUCCUCUCAGCCUCCUGUGCUAUAUCAGUGAUAUAUAAUACCGGUCCUGUAUCAUAGUCUUAUACAAUGCUUUUCCUGUGUUAUAUCAGUGAUAUAUAAUACCGGUCCUGUAUCAUAGUCUUAUACAAUGCUUUUCCUGUGUUAUAUCAGUGAUAUAUAAUACCGGUCCUGUAUCAUAGUCUUAUACAAUGCUUUUCCUGUGUUAUAUCAGUGAUAUAUAAUACCGGUCCUGUAUCAUAGUCUUAUACAAUGCUUUUCCUGUGUUAUAUCAGUGAUAUAUAAUACCGGUCCUGUAUCAUAGUCUUAUACAAUGCUUUUCCUGUGUUAUAUCAGUGAUAUAUAAUACCGGUCCUGUAUCAUAGUCUUAUACAAUGCUUGUCCUACAUACUCUCUGUGUCCUGUAUUAUAUCAGACAGUGAUAUAUAAUACCGGUCCUGUAUAAUAGUCUUAUACAAUGCUCAUCCUCUCAGCGUCCUGUGCUAUAUCAGUGAUAUAUAAUUCUGGUCCUGUAUCAUAGUCUUAUACAAUGCUUGUCCUACAUACUCUCUGUGUCCUGUAUUAUAUCAGUGAUAUAUAAUACCGGUCCUGUAUCAUAGUCUUAUACAAUGCUCGUCCUCUCAGCGUCCUGUGCUAUAUCAGUGAUAUAUAAUUCCGGUCCUGUAUCAUAGUCUUAUACAAUGCUAGUCCUACAUACUCUCUGUGUCCUGUAUUACAUUAGUGAUAUAUAACACCAGCGCUGUGUGAUGCCAGUGAUAUAAAACACUAUAUUACCCCUAUAUGAUAUCAGUGAUAUAUAAUACUGAACCUGUAUAAUAUCAGUGAAACCCUUUACGAUGUUGUGAAAUCAGGACGACCGUAUAAUAGCAGAGAUAUCUAAUACCUCUUCUGUAUGCUGGUGCUGUGUGUGAUUCACAUUCGCCUACAUUUGAAAAACCAUUUUAGGGAGAUUGUGAAAGUGACACCUUUCGGCACAGGGUGUGUACUGCUACAUCCAAAUGUGAAUGAGCCCCAAAGCAGUAAAGGUGCAUACACACCGAGCGAUUUUCACCCCUGUACCAUCACACAAUAAGCACUGUAUGUAAUACCGUGUACAGUAUAUACUAUAUAUGUAUGUAUGUAUGUAUGAGGAUACAAUAAUAAUAAUGAGACCAACUAGUAAGCACACAGCAUAUUUGUAAUUCUAGAUAGGCAAAUUACUUGGUUUGCACUUAUUGGUAUCAUCUGCUAUCGGUAACAUAUUGAUCUAUUAAGUUAAUUACACAAUAUCGAAGCCUAAAUGUAAGUCUUACAUAUUAGUCCUAGCUGGUAAAUCUUUGGCGUGCCUCUCAUGACUGUUCGGCGUGCCGUGUCUGGCGCACGUGCCGAGGGUUGCUGGCACUUGAUGUAGACUAAGAGUAGUUAUUAAUUCAUCAGGGAUCAUUAAUAUCAGCUGUUUGUUACAUGGAGCCUCUGCGGCUCAUCAGUAACGCGUGACGUGCGCACUGUAUCAUUUCAGCGAAUACGUCAUAUUGUCUGUGAGUAAUGUAAAUAUUUUAUGAUAUUACUUGUAUAUAGCAAGAAUAGAUAAUAUCGAUGGUAUAAUAUAUCAAUAGUGUAAGAUGUGACUGUGCAUAAUAUUGGUACUGUAUAUGUCUGGACUUGUAAUAAUAUUAGCAGUAUACGGUAUAUUAUAUAAACUGUGUUAUAAUUUAUUGUCAGUACGAUAGGCCGUAUUUAUCAACUGUCAGGUUUUAGACCUGAUAAUUAUAAUUUCUUAUCGCUGCUCGUUGCGGAAAUAAAAAAUUAUAGAUCGGCCGGAUUUACCAAAAAUCACUUCCAGGGACCGGGACCCCUGCAAAAUGUAUUAGGCUGUGUAUAAUAUCUGCACUGUACUACAGAAGACGUGUCCCCGGGCGGAUCACAGUGGUGUCAGCAAUCGCCUUAAGCCCCACCAUGUUAAAGGAUUAUCUCUUAAAUUGUCUGCGGGAAAUGUCAUGUUGUACUUACAGCUUGUAACCAGCCAGGGUGUCGGCUGGGCAGGAAGCUGCCUGGACUGUUUCUAUAGCGUGAUCUCAUAUACACAGAAGCUCAUUCCGCUCAUCCAUUCAGCAUAUAAAGCAGAGAUGUGCGCCGACCCCGUGUUUUGUUUUUGUUUUCUGGUUUUUAAAAACCACUCUCACAUGUUUUGGUUUUCGUUUUGGAGCUGAAUUUUUUGUUAAAAAAAAUUGCUAAAAAAACAGCUAUAAUUUGGGCCUGUUUUUUGUUCCUAUGGAAUUAUUAACUACAAUAACAUUCAUUUCCAGUAAUUUCCAGUCAAAUUGGACCAGCUGACAGCUCACAAUAUUGUCCACCAAUAUUGGCCAAAGGCUGGCUCACUAAACUAGGCAGCAGAACAGCGGCACAAACACACGGCAGUUACUUUAAGAAUAUAGUACAGCUAUGAAGCAUUGCGGCACAGCAGUGGCAGUUUAAUAAACUAUUCCACCCCAUAGAAAAGUAGAAGCCCCAGGGCAGUGCAGAUAAAUGGAGGUGCAGUAUGUAUAGUGGCAGAUAGGUAAAACAUUGAUCGAUUCAUUGUUUCAUUAAUUGAUUGAAAUUGAUUAAUUUAUUGAUUCAUUUAGAAAAUUGAAAAGAAAAUCACAACUAUCUGUUUUGCAGCAACGGAGAAGAGGAAAGGCCACACAAUUAUGUUAAUAGCUAAGGAUUCCUGACAAGCGUUGAAAAAGAAGCCACAAAAAUUAAUAGCUGCACUGCAGAGCUGCAAACUCCAAUCAGCCUGUUUUACACUAAAAACCAUUAGGAGGCUGACCUGCUGACCAUACAGUCCCCACCCGCUCCUUCCUAAUUGUGUAACACACUCCUGUUGUACAUUUAUGAGGUGCACUAGAGAGUCUGAGUAUAAGGGAUAAUACCAUGUUGUUCCUCUUAAAUCUAGUCAAGUAAUGCAAAUUGAAUUGUCAUUGGGCGUUCCCACCUGCCAUAAUGCUUUAUUAAACCAUAAACCAAGCACCUCAGUGACAAGGACCCACACUUUUGUGGCUGAAGUGCUUGGUUUGUUUUGUGACCCCACAAAACAAUUUUUUGGAAGGACUACCUCCGAUCACUAAUGAGGCGGUUGAUGAUGAGGGUGUUGGUUGUGGAGAGCAUGUGCUGGCUCAAACUGCUGGUAGCUGAUACUGGACUGCUUUUUAUUAUUUUACAAAUUAUAUUUUUUUUGACAAAUAACUUGCAUGAACAUGCUGAAAAUGACGUAGCAUGGAGGAGGUGCCUAGAUGGUUAAUGUCCCUACCUCUACUAAGUUUGGCCUCACAAAUGGACCAGAUGCCUUCUCCAGUGUUGUCAGGAUUUGGGUAAAAAUAAUUCCACACACAAAAGGUGUCUUUUUUUUGUUUUAUGACCAUGCAUAAUAAUGGCUUUCUUUUUAUCACGGGCAAGAACUGCUGCUACUGGUGGCUGACUUACAUCCUUGACACAAACAUCUUCAUCAUCAACAUCCUCAGUAUCAGAUAUGCAAAUAUCCUACUCAUCUUGUUGCACUUACACUCUAGCAUCCUCAAUUUCUGUUUCACCAAAUUUACUGCUCAUCCCCACAUAUGCAGAGUGUGCACAAAUGGUGGAUGGAUGCUUCUCUACAAGUACAGUGUCAGAAAUGUCUGAGUCACACAUUGCUGACGUGGACACUGCCUAGACUCUCUUCUCCAUACAGUUUGUUUUUUUGCCUAAUGCUGGGUACACACUAGGUGAUAUGUCGUCUGAUCCAGCAGAUUGGACAACAUAUUCACAUCGCCCAGUGUGUACUCACUAUUGCAUGCUCCUGUGCAUCGUUCAUUGUGUUUCCUGAUCGAAGUUAUCGGCAGGGACACAAUGCUCCUGGAUGUGGCCACUGAACGAAAUAGCCUCGUUCAUACGCUAUAGUAUUUAGUGGGAAUGACUGACCAACAUAUUGUUCCAUCAGUCGUGCCAUCAUCCACGAUCCAGAAUCUUCCAGUGUGCUGUGUACCCAGCUUUAGUGUUCUUCUGUGUUUUUUGAGCACUGACUUGUCUGUCUCAGGCUCAGAGCGAGAAGGUGUUGCAUCAUCAUAUGAGGUUACAGAUGAAGAUGCCUGACACUGUUUGGCCGUGGCUUUCCCAAUAAGCAUUAUUCUAGUGCAUAAAACAGCAGUAGCAAUAGCAGGACCACCACUCGCAAACAAAGCUGUGUAUCGCAUGUUGGCAAUUUUACAUGUUUUGGCAGUAAAUGUUACCUUUAUUAUUGGAGGUAAUGUUUUCUUUAACAUUAUGAAAUAUUUAGAUUUCAGGUGCCCUUUCUUACAUUUUGUGUCACCUUUAGUAGAUAUUGAAGCACUAUCAUGAUGACUGGCAACAGCUUCAGUACUAGUAGUGGGUUGCUACUCCUGCUCUUUUAUCAACUGAUCCAUAGCCAUAUUUUUCUUUUCUUUUUUACACACUUUGCUGCAACGUACUGCGCUUAUAGUAAUGGUGGCAUACUGGCACCCAAUGAACGUUAUUUUGGCAGUUUUAUUUUAGUUUAUUUAACGGCCCUUCACAGUCUGCAACAGCCACAGUAAUACUUGCACCCCACAGCCCUUCACUGACACUGGGGGGGUAUCCAAUUACAUGUGGUCAAUGACCGCGGGUAAUUGUUUCGCAGGGGGCUAUCCUAUUAGUCCCGAUGCGGCGGGCUCCUCCCCUCAAUGCUGGCACUUAUCGCGAAUUCUGCUUUGAGUGCCUCAGGCACCCAAUGCAUAAUUAGCAAUAAGCAGCUGCCGGAGCCGCAAUAACACAUGGGAUCGGGGACUCAUCCCUGAUUCCAUGUCUUUUCGCACGAUCGCUGGUCCAUUUUCAAUCAAUGAAACCGGUCUGUAAUAGGAUACCGUGGUAAUGACCAACGGUCAUUAAUUACGAUAUCCGCUUAUUUCCCCUCAGCUGGACUGAUGUUUUGCCUCAUUUUGGAAUCCGAGCAUGGCGAGAGAUCCCAAGCUCGGGCUCGGAAGAACUCAGAUAUGCAAAAUUCUACUGGGUUCAGCUUUCAGAAAACCAAACUCGCACAUCUCUAAUAUAAAGGCUUCUAAGGCCUCACAGCCCUUUAGGAACAGCGGUGUUAGGUGUCAGUGAUGUAUUUGCUCCAUUGAAACUAAAAUUAAUAAUUCUCAUUUAAAAGGUAAUCAAUGUUAAUUUAGCUUUGUCUGUUUUCCUUAUAAUCAGAUACUACUGUAUGAUAUAAGCUGUGUAACAUGCCGGUACUAUGACACAAAGGGCCUGACGCGACGUUGUUCACAAAUUGGCCAUAAUUUCAGCUAAAACUAAAUCUGCGGGUAUUAAUGUUGUAUCUAGGCUGCUAUGCUGAGGGCUAGGGAAGACGUAUGCUGGCUUGUUCUCGCAGAAUGCCAGGAAUGAGUCAUAUACAUUUACGCCCAUGUUUUUCACUUUUAUUGCGCUUGCAAAAUGCGCAUUCGCUAUUAUGCAUUAAUAACGCUGCAGAAGCCCCUGUAAUACAGCAGAAACAGCUCCAAGGCUCAUGUGCGAAAAUACUAACAAAAGCAAAGACGGAAGCACCUAUCAUUGUCUGGUCUGUGAUGCAAUGGCAAUCAGCCAAUCAGAAGCAGCUUCCUAGAGCUGGCAGUCGCCAUCAUGUGAGAUUUGCAUCUAUCACAGCUCUCACAGGCGUAUAAGCGUUGGCGUCCCGGCCUACGGCUAUUCAGGCUUCAUGCACCUGGACUAUGUAAUGACGCCCCUUCCCUUCCUCCCGUCCAGGCGCAGGCGACUAUAAGGGCCAGAAUAAUACAAGUCUGCGUGGGUGUCCUAGCUGGGCACACGCUGAGCAAUUUCACACACUAUACCGGCGAAACUGGAAUCAGUCCCACAUUGUUUCAUGAUAUCAGUGCAGGGGCAACGUAACAACAUUGCAGGCCAUGGCCUCCCACACACCCGUUGUGCCGUCUCUCCACGUGCUUCCAUACAGUGAUUGACUGACAGCACUCUGAUUGGUAGAUAGCUCCAGCCAUCCUCCAAUCAGCAUCAUGACAGCCAUUCACUGGCUGCAGGGUGGGAGAUGGGUAGAGAAUUCUGCCUGGCCACUCUGAUUGUGUGACCACCACCCGCCUUUGCUCGGAGGACCCUAGAAUUGUGGUGCCCUGGGCAGCUGCACCGUGUGCCUAUAUGUUAAGAUGGCCCUGUAUAAGUGUAUAUAUGAUAUAAGAUGUGUAUAAUAUUAGUACAGUAUGAUAUAAGCUGUGUAUACAGUAUGUAGUGCUAUUGUGCUGUAUAUCAUAUAGCAGUUUAUAUUAUCAGUACUAUAUGAUAUCAGCUGUGUAUAAUAUUAGUACAGUAUGACAUAAGCUGUUUAUAAUAUUAUUAGCACAGUAUGACAUAUGCUGUAUAUAUUUAGGGCUACUGUAUAUUUUAUGGCAAUUUAUAUUAUCAGUACUAUAUAAUAUAAACAGUAUAUAAUAGUACAGUAUGAUAUAAGCUGUGUAUAUGUAGUGCUCUUGUGCUGUAUAUGAUAUAGCAGUUUAUAUUAUCAGUACUAUAUGUUAUAAGCUUUGUAUACCAUUAGUACUAUGUGAUAAAAGCCAUGUCUAUUACUGGUAUUAAAGCGUACAGUAUUGCAAGUUAUAUUAGUAAACAGAAGUUACAAAACAAAUGUUAUUAUAUGUUGUAUGUUCUUUUAUUAGAAUGUAUCACUACUGUGCAGUAUAACUGUGUAUAAUAUCAGCUGUACUGGAUAUUAUGUAAGAUAUUGGUCUUUUAUGAUAUAAGCUGUAUAAUAUCAGCACUGUAUUAAAUAAGCUCUAUAUAUUAUCAGUUCUGUAUGAUAUAAGAUGUUAAGUUUACUAUAUGAUAUAAGUUUACUAUAUGAUAUAUGUUGUGUAUAGUUUCUUUUAGUACUGUAUGUUAUAAUAAGUAGAGAUGUGCGGCGGGCACUUUUCGUGUUUUGGUUUUGGUUCUAAUUCCAUUUUCAUGUUUUGGUUUUGGCUUGGUUUUGCCAAAACCACCCUUUCGGGUUUUGGUUUUGGAUCUGGAUGAUUUUAAAAAACAAAGAAACAUAAAAACAGCGAAAAUCACAGAAUGUGGGGUUAGUUUGCUCCUACAGUAUUAUUAACCUCAAAAACAAUCAUUUCCACUAAUUUCCAGUCUAUUCUGAACACCUCACACCUCACAAUAUUGUUUAUAGGCCUAAAAGUUGCACCGAGGUCACUGUAUGACUAAGCUAAGCGACACAAGUGUGCGGCACAAACACCUGGCCCAUCUAGGAGUGGCACUGCAGUGUCAGACAGGAUGGCAGAUUUAUAAAAUAGGCCCCAAACAGCACAUGAUGCAAAGAAGAAAAAGAGGUGCAAUGAGGUAGCUGGAUGGCCAAGCUAAGCGACACAAGUGUGCGGCACAAACACCUGACCCAUCUAGGAGUGGCACUGCAGUUACAGACAGGAUGGCACUUAAAAAAACUAGUCUCCAAACAGCACAUGAUGCAAAGAAGAAAAAGAGGUGCAAGAUGGAAUUGUCCUUGGGCCCUCCCACCCACCCUUAUGUUGUAUAAACAGGACAUGCACACUUUAACAAACCCAUCUUUUCAGCGACAGGGUCUGCCACACGACUGUAUCUGAAAUUACUGGUUUGUUUGGGCCCCCACCAAAAAAGAAGGAAUCAAUCUCUCCUUGCGCAAACUGUCUCUACAGAGGCAAGAUGUCCACCUCAUCAUCAUCCUCCGAUUCCUCACCCCUUUCACCGUGUACAUCCUCCUCACUGAGUAUUAAUUCGUCCCCACUGGAAUCCACCAUCACAGGUCCCUGCGUACUUUCUGUAGGCAAUUGCUGGUAAAGGUCUUCCCGGGGGACUUUAUAAUUAAUUUUGAUGAACAUCAUCUUCUCCACAUUUUGUGGAAGUAACCUCCUACGCCGAUUGCUGACAAGGUUACCGGCUGCACUAAACACUCUUUCGGAGUACACACUGGAGGGGGGGCAACUUAGGUAAAAUAAAGCCAGUUUGUACAAGGGCCUCCAAAUUACCUCUUUUUCCUGCCAGUAUACGUACGGACUGUCUGACAUGCCUACUUGGACGCUGUCACUCAUAUAAUCCUCCACCAUUCUUUCAAUGGUGACAGAAUCAUAUGCAGUGACAGUAGACAUGUCAGUAAUCGUUGGCAGGUCCUUCAGUCCGGACCAGAUGUCAGCUUUCGCUCCUGACACUCCUGCAUCACCACCGGCGGGUGGGCUAGGAAAUCUUAUACUUUUCCUUACAGCCCCAGUGGCGGGAGAAAUUGAAGGAGGAGCUGUUGACGGGUCACGUUCCGCUUGAGUUGACAAUUUACUAACCAGCAGGUCUUUGCACCUCUGCACACUUGUGUCUGAUGGAAAGAGAGAUACAACGUAGGCUUUAAACCUAGGAUCGAGUACGGUGGCCAAAAUGUAGUGCUCUGAUUUCAACAGAUUGACCACCCUUGAAUCCUGGCAAAGCGAAUGAAGGGCUCCAUCCACAAGUCCCACAUACUUUGCGGAAUCGCUCCGUCUUAGCUCCUCCUUCAAUUUAUCCAGCUGCUUCUGCAAAAGCCUGAUGAGGGGAAUGACCUGACUCAGGCUGGCAGUGUCUGAACUGACUUCACGUGUGGCAAGUUCAAAGGGUUGCAGAACCUUGCACAAGAUGGAAAUCAUUCUCCACUGCGCUUGAGUCAGGUGCAUUCCCCCUCCUUUGCCUAUAUCGUAGGUGGAUGUAUAGGCUUGAAUGGCCUUUUGCUGCUCCUCCAUCCUCUGAAGCAUAUAGAGUGUUGAAUUCCACCUCAUUACACCUCUUGCUUCAGUUGAUGGUGGGGCAGGUUCAGGAGUGUUUGCUGGCGCUCCAGUCUUCGGCACGCGGUGGCAGAAUGCCGAAAGUGGCCUGCAAUUUUUCGGGCCACCGACAGCAUCUCCUGCACGCCCCUCUCAUUUUUCAAAAAAUUCUGCACCACCAAAUUAAUUGCAUGUGCAAAACAUGGGACAAGCUGGAAUUUGCCCAUAUGUAUUGCACGCACAAUAUUGGUGGCGUUGUCCGAUGUCACAAAUCCCCAGGAGAGUCCAAUUGGGGUAAGCCAUUCUGCGAUGAUCUUCCUCAGUUUCCGUAAGAGGUUGUCAGCUGUGUGCCUCUUAUGGAAAGCGGUGAUACAUAGCGUAGCCUGCCUCGGAAUGAGUUGACGUUUGCAAUAUGCUGCUACUGGUGCCGCUGCGGGAGGCCAUACAUCUACCCAGUGGGCUGUUACAGUCAUAUAGUCCUUAGUCUGCCCUGUUCCACUUGUCCACAUAUCCGUGGUUAAGUGGACACUGGAUACAACCGCAUUUUGUAGGACACUGGUGACUCUUUUUCUGACGUCUGUGUGCAUUCUCGGUAUCGACUACCUAGAGAAGUGGAACCUAGAUGGGAUUUGAUACCGGGAACACACUAUCUUCAUCAAAUCUCUAAGUACCACUGAACUAAUGGUGGAUACUGGAUGCACCUCUAACACCAACAUAGCUGUCGAGUCCUCAGUUAUCCGCUUUGCAGCAGGAUGACUGCUGUGAUAUUUCAUCUUCCUCGCAAAGGACUGUUGGACAGUGAAUUGCUUACUGGAAGAGGUACAAGUGGUCUUCCGACUUCCCCUCUGGGAUGACGAUCGACUCCCAGCAACAACAACAGCAGCAUCGGCAGCAACAGCAGGCGUUACACUCAAGGAUCCUAUGGAGGAAUCCCGGUUAGGAGAGGACUCCUCAGUCUUGACAGUGACAUGGCCUGCAGGACUACUGACGUUCCUGACUGAGGAGGAAGUCUCCUCAGACAAUUUAAAUUUAUUUUUUUGGUUCUUUUUACUGAACUUUGGCUUUUUGGAUUUUACAUGCCCUCUACUAUCACAUUGGGCAUCGGCCUUGGCAGACGACGUUGAUGGCAUUUCAUCGUCUAUGUCAUGGCUAGUGGCAGCAGCUUCAGCACUAGGAGGAAGUGGUUGUUCUUGAUCUUUCCCUAUUUUCUCCUCAAAAUUUUUGUUCUCCAUUAUUUUUUGGGAGUUAUAUGAGACAAUAUGCGGCACAGGAAUGACUGGAAUGACUGAUGAGACAGGACACUACCACUGGUCUGAUGCAGCACAACACAAUAACACUGUAAGGGCCUUGUGGUUGUUGUUGUUGUUAUUAUUAUUAUAUGGCAGCAGUGGACAUAUAGCAGCAGCGUAUAUCGUCACUGGAAUGACUGAUGAGACAGGACACUACCACUGGUCUGAUGCAGCACAACAGGUUGUUGUUAUAAUUGUUAUACUGCAGCAGUGGAUAUAUAACAGCAGCGUAUAUCAUCACUGGAAUUACUGAUGACACAGGACACUACUACUGGUCUGCACAACACAGCACCACUUUAUACAGCUACACUGGAUAUAUGGCAGCAGAGGACACCAACACUGUGACUGGCUGGACUGAUGCAGCAUAACAAUUCACUGACUACACUGGACUGGACUGAGCAGCACAACACAACACAAGACUCGCCACCCCACUUUCCCGCCCCAACACACAGACACGUCCUCUCUAUACACUCUCCGAGACUGGAGUAAAAAUGGCGGCGACGCGCAGCUCCUUAUAUGGAAUCCAAAUCCCGCGAGAAUCCGACAGCGGGAUGAUGACGUUUUGCCGCAUUCGGGUUUCCGAGUCAGGCGGGAAAACCCGAGCCGUCUCAGAUCCGGACUUGGAAGGCAAAGUUCGGUAGGGUUCGGUUCUCAGAGAACCGAACCCGCUCAUCUCUAAUAAUAAGCUGUAUCAUUAUUGUAUUAUAUAAGCCGGAUACCUGUACUGUAUGAUAUACGCUGUGUAUAUUAUCAGCACUAUACAGUAUGAUAUAUCUUGUGUAUAUAAUUUUACUACUAUAUGAUAUAAGUGUGUGUGAUACUGAUAUUAGUAUUGUUUAAUAAAAGUAUACUGUUCGACAUUGUGCAUAAUAUCAGUACUGUAUGAUAUAAGCUGUGUAUUAUACCAUUAUUUUAUUAUAUAAGUAUAUUGUAUGACAUACAUUGUGUAUAAUAGCAAUAAUGUAUAAUAGAGCUGUGUAUUAUACCACUGCUGUAUAAUAUAAGGUACUGUAUGACAUACAUUGUGUAUAAUAGCAAUACUGUAUGAUAUAAGCUGUGUAUUAUACCAGUGCUGUAUAAUAUAAGCCAGAUGUCUUUAUGGUAUGAUAUAUACUGUGAUUACUAUCAGCUCUGUAUGAUAUACAUUAUAUAUAAUAUCAGUACUGUAUGAUAUAAACUGUGUAUUAUACCACUGCUGUAUAAUAUAAGGGUACUGCAUGAUAUACAUUGUGUAUAAUAUCGGUACUGUAUGAUAUACGCAUGUGUAUUAUACCAGUGCUAUAUAAUAUAAGGGUACUGUAUGAUAUAUAUUGUGUAUAAUAUCAGUACUAUAUGAUGUAAGCUGUGUGAUAUACCACUGCUGUAUAAUAUAAGGGUGCUGUAUGAUAUACAUUGUGUACAAUAUCAGUACUGUGUGAUAUAAGCAUGUGUGAUAUACCAGUGCUGUAUAAUAUAAGUGUACUGUAUGAUAUACAUUUGUGUAUAAUAUCAAUACUGUAUGAUACACAUUAUGUAUAAUAUAAGGGUACUGUAUGAUAUACAUUGUGUAUAAUAUCAGUACUGUAUGAUAUACAUUGUGUAUAAUAUAAGGGUAUUGUAUGAUAUACAUUGUGUAUAAUAUCAGUACUGUAUGAUAUAAGCUGUGUAUUAUAACACUGCUGUAUAAUAUAAGGGUACUGUAUGAUAUACAUUGUGUAUAAUAUCAGUACUGUAUGCUAUAAGCAUGUGUGAUAUACCAGUGCUGUAUAAUAUAAGGGUACAGUAUGAUAUACAUUGUGUAUAAUAUCAAUACUGUAUGAUAUACAUUGUGUAUAAUAUCAGUACUGUAUGAUAUAAGCAUGUGUGAUAUACCAGUGCUGUAUAAUAUAAGGGUACAGUAUGAUAUACAUUGCGUAUAAUAUCAGUACUGUAUGAUAUACAUUAUGUAUAAUAUCAGUACUGUAUGAUAUAAGCUGUGUAUUAUACCAGUGCUGUACAAUAUAAGGGUGCUGUAUGAUAUACAUUGUGUAUAAAAUCAGUACUGUAUGAUAUACAUUGUGUAUAAUAUCAAUACUGUAUGAUAUAAGCUGUGUAUUAUACCAGUGCUGUAUAAUAUAAGGGUACUGUAUGAUAUACUGUACAUUGUGUAUAAUAUCAGUACUGUAUGAUAUAAGCAUGUGUGAUAUACCAGUGCUGUAUAAUAAUAUAAGUGUGCUGUAUGAUAUACAUUGUGUAUAAUAUCAGUACUGUAUGAUAUAAACUGUGUAUUAUAACACUGCUGUAUAAUAUAAGGGUACUGUAUGAUAUACAUUGUGUAUAAUAUCAGUACUGUAUGAUAUAAGCAUGUGUGAUAUACCAGUGCUGUAUAAUAUAAGGGUACUGUAUGAUAUACAUUGUGUAUAAUAUCAGUACUGUAUGAUGUAAGCUGUGUAUUAUACCAGUGCUGUAUAAUAUAAGGGUACUGUAUGAUAUACAUUGUGUAUAAUAUCAGUACUGUAUGAUAUAAGCAUGUGUGAUAUACCAGUGCUGUAUAAUAUAAGGGUACUCUAUGAUAUACAUUGUGUAUAAUAUCAGUACUGUAUGAUAUAAGCAUGUGUGAUAUCCCACUGCUGUAUAAUAUAAGUGUGCUGUAUGAUAUACAUUGUGUAUAAUAUCAGUACUGUAUGAUGUAAGCUGUGUAUUAUUUCAGUGCUAUGUAAGUAUAUAUUAGUAGUGUAUAAAACAAGUAUACUUAUGACAUACAUUGUGUAUAAUAUAAGGGUACUGUAUGAUAUACAUUGUGUAUAAUAUCAGUACUGUAUAAUAUCCUGCAAGUGUACUUAUAAUAUCUCUUCCUUGUUGUAUAUAAUAUCAGUAGAAUGUGAUAUAGACAUGUAUAAUAUCUACAUGUAUGUACUGUACAUGACAAGUAUAUGGAGAUAUGUGUCGCUUGCAACACAGGGAUGACACUCCCCCCAUUAUAUAAAACACCCACCAUUACUGCCCCCAUCCCUCCAGCAAACGGUCGCAGCACGUUACUCAUAGCGUAAUGGGUUAGCAUUACAGUACGCAUUAGGGGUAGCGUCCAGUUUGGGGUUAACAUUUGUUUUAGGGCAGAGUUAUGUAAAAAAAGACAUUCAUUACAUUCCAAUAAAGUUGACAUUACAGCGGUUUCGGUAUAGCUACUUCCGCCAUCACGAACUCGUCUACAUGUUCAACGUCAGCAUUACUACUAUGUCCACAUCCUAAUGUCGACCCAAUGAACGUCAGGCACAAUGUACUACACACUUAGACGCGAUCACUUAGCAAUAACCUGCUUACUUUAUUUAUUACCGUAAUGGCCGAUCCUCAGACCUGAUACCUGGCCGAUAGAUGGGAGCUGGACCGACAAACCCAUGAUGGUUUCAGCUCCAGCCCGCCUGUACCACACUGUCACCUAGAUAACACCAUAGUGUGCAAUGUCAGUCUUACACGCUCCGGUUAUUAGGAAUGAUAAUUGCUGCCGUAUUGUUGCCUGCUGUUAGCUCAGUAUAAGAUCUCUGCUGUUUAUUGUCUCUGCGCCGUCAUACAAUCCCACCUAUAACCCCCCAAUGGCUCACUUAGAUUAGCAGAUACUGUAGGUGAGAAAACCCCAUUUAUAUAAAUGUGCAUCCAACGCCGCAUGAUACAGUAUCUGUGACACAUAAUGACAGUCACUCAGGCUGUGGCCACCGUCUCACAGGAAUGCUUUGCGCGGCUGAAUGGAUUAAUUUUAUAAUCUAUGCAACAAUGAAUCACGCUCGUUUCACCCUGUACCAAUAUAAGAUGACAGCGAAACGAUAUGUUACAGCCGGAGGAAAAGCGCAGAACGCGGUGCCCCUGUCACGUCUCCCCAGUGCAGUAAUUCUGCCCAACGUGUUAUAUAUAGAUGUCCUGUACGUUAUGUUCUCUGGGCCUAAAUCACGUCUGUACGCAGAUGGAAUUGCGAUUGCGAUUCUCUAGGCUACGGAGCUGCUAAUGUCACUUCCUGUCAAUCGCUUCUCUGUGAAAUCUUCAUGGGAGCAGAAUCGCUGCGACACCCUGGCGCAUACACAUUGCGAUCACAGCAGUGUGCCGAUAAUCCGUUGCAUGAACAUUGGCCAUUGAGAUAAAUGGAUGAUGCUAACAGGUGCAUCUUACAUGACGCUUUUCUGCAUCUUCUUCUAGAAUAACUCGCUAUUGAUAAAUAAAGGUGAAUAAUUGCCGCAGCUCCUCUUCCCCUAUUCUCCAGGUCUCUGCGAAGAUUAUCAGGCUUGCUGCUUCUGAUUGGCUGAAUGCGCAAGAUCCCGCCUGUUCAUUUCAAUAUUAUGAUACUGUUGAUGUUGCGAUCCAGUCAUGUUGUUACUUGUUACAGUGAUAUUUGCAAUCAGUCAGCCGCAAUAUGUGCAUUUUAAUUUUUGAAAGCGGAUACAUUUCGUGAACUUGGCGUUUUUAGGUGUAAUGUGACUUUAUGCAUCAUUAAUAACACUGUACUAUAUGUAGCAUAUAAUGUAUACUUUGUGCACUAUGACUUUAGCACUUACUACUACCACCAGGGCUGAAGCGGGGCUCUAACCCACACUGAUAUGACCCCAAUGUAAUGACAUCAUGAUGAGGGGGUGGAGCCACUGGGACAGGGCUGAAGAAGAGCGCCAGAGCAUUCUAAGGACUGUUCUAGACUCCGGUUGCUGGACAGCUGCUCUGAAAAGGAACUGGCCUCCGGGAGCUAACGUCAUCUGAAGAUGGCAUCAGGUCCUGCACGCAAACUCUGAAAACUUUCAGGGUGAUGAAUAUCAUGUGCAAAGGUCCUGAACAGCUUACGGAAUAGGCGCUUAUACUACUGUCCUCUCCAGGAGUAAACCAGCCACACAUACUGUACAAUAACCGUAUACAGCUGGAGGCAUGUUGUAUAUACUGUAUGCUCUGCUCUGCAAAGUUACGAAUAAUGCACAUUUUUUGUACUUUCAAAUUAACACUCAAAUUCCGAGCAGCUCAUCAGGAGACCCUGGACAUUGUAGACCCUGGACAUUGUUGACCCUGGGCAUUGUAGACCCUGGACAUUGUAGACCCUGGACAUUGUACAGGAUACGCCGGCGUUAAAUAAGUAACUGUUAGUAAUAAAACCCUCCGGCAACAGAGGCGUCUCUCCGCUGUAAGACGCGGGAGGAACCGAUGAGAUCUUCACCCCGCUUAUCUGAGAUAAGGAAUCCCAGUGAAAGCACAUGGAGUUUUUUCCUUUGUACGCUGGUUCCUCCCGGGCUUUACAGCUGACGGGUACAUAGGACAAUUUCUGCCUGUUGCCGGUCCGCGUGCUGCGAUGCUCUGCUGAGGUCUAAUGAUACGAAGGGACUCUGCAAUGCUCUGCAGGCAUAUUAGUCUUUCCCCCAUGUUCAUCGGUGGCUCUAGAGGAACAAUGCUCUGCAAAUGAUUGCUUGUGGAAUCCAUCCAUCGUGUAACUAUCUGCCAAGUUCUUACUGUACUGAGUGUGGUAAUGCUCCAUCCAGUGUACCCGUGGGCAUGACCAUCUGCAGAUGUCUUCCUGGCUGCGAUGCUCUGCAGGGUUCCACGGCAGAGACAAUUCAUGUGUUCCUUUUUCCACGCGGAAUGUCUUUCUGUCUUUUUUUUCUUUGUAUUAUUAUUUAACUUUUAUAUUUUGUUUGUAUUUAUUUUGCAUUGUGCUUCUUUGGGCUCUCCUCUUUUAUAAAUAUAUAUGAUAUGUAUGUACAGUAUACACACACACACACACACACACACACACACACAUAUAUAUAUAUAUACACACACACACACAUAGUAUAUAUAAAUAUAUAUGUAUAUACAUACAUAGGUACACACACGCACGCAGGAGUACAUAUAUACUGGGUGACUCUCGGACAGACAGCAUGCGGGAGGGUGCACGGAAUAAAGCCUGGAGAAGUGACAA